UGUUCUUCUCCUCCUCCAGGGAAACUAACGGCCUACGACUCUGACGGAGACGGAGAUUUCGACGUGGAAGACGCCAAAGUUCUGCUCGGACUGAAGGAAGUGGAAAAACCAGAGGAGAGGAAGGAAAGGAGAGUUCCAGGAACCAGCAGGGCCGAGUCGACCAAUCAGAGAGCAGCAGAGCAGCGGGGGGAGGAGCCGGGGGACGAGAAGCGGAGCCAGGAGAACUUAGACUCUGGAUCUCAGGACGUGGAGUCUGAAAUCCAAGCUGCUGUUCCUCUCCCUCCGUUGGUGGAAGACAACUUUGUUCCAGAUGAUUCCCGGGACGACGCACAUCCCUACGAGGACCAAGUCGAAGCCAUCGACACAACAGGAGUUCUGGUGGAGGAUCCACCGCCGGAGGAACCAGCAGAGUCCGGCUCAGACCAGACCAGCUCCCGGUUCUCCCAGGAACCAGAACCAGGUCUGACUCCAGAACCAGAACCAGAAAAGUCGGGUCCAGGAUCCCAGAACCGUCCGGAACCAGAAACAGAACCAGAGCCUGAACCAGAACCAGAACCUGAACCAGAACCAGAACCAGAACCAGAACCAGAGCGGUCCCAGCAGACGGAGGAAGCUCCCGGAACGACGGAGCGACUGGUGGAGGAGAAGAAAGAGAAAGCUAAGAAGAAACCGAAGCUUCUGAAUAAAUUGGAUAAAACCAUAAAAGCAGAAAUUGAUGCGGCGGAAAAACUUCGGAAGAAGGGGAAGGUCCAGGAAUCCCUGAAGGCGUUUGAGUCUCUGGUUCAACAGUUUCCUCAGAGUCCCCGAGCUCGCUACGGGAGAGCCCAGGCGGAGGACGACCUGGCCGAGCGUCUCCGUAGCAACGAUCUCCUCCAGAAAUCCAUCAACUCGUACCGGGAGGCGGCGGAGCUUCCUGACGCCACGCCGGACCUGCUGAGGGCGGCGCUGAAGAGACGGGCGGAGCGGCAGCAGUUCCUGGGUCGUAUGCGUGGCUCCCUGACCACGCUGGAGCGGUUGGUCCAGAUCUUCCCCGACGACCUGGACCUGAAAAACGAGCUGGGAGUCGCUCACCUGCUGCUUGGAGACAACGAGGGGGCCAAGAGGGUGUACGAGGAGGUCCUCAGAACUUCCCCCCACAACGGCUUCGCUAAGGUCCACUACGGCUUCAUCCUCAAGUCUGAGAACCAGAUCGCCGAGAGCAUCCCCUUCCUGAGGGAGGGCCUCCAGUCCGGUGAACCGGGGACGGAUGACGGACGAUUCUACUUCCACUUGGGAGACGCUUUGCAGAGAGUUGGAGACAAAACCGCCUACGACUGGUACGAGGAGGGCCACCGGCGCGGCCACUUCACCUCCGUGUGGCAGAGAUCUCUGUACAACGUGAAGGGGCUGAAGGCCCAGCCCUGGUGGACGCCGCAGGAGACGGGUUACACGGACCUGGUCAAGAUGCUGGAGAGGAACUGGAGGACGAUCCGCGACGAAGCUCUGGCCGUGAUGGACGCGGAGAGAGGACUGUUCGUCCCCGAGGAGGAAAACCUCCGGGAGACGGGGGACUGGGGCCAGUUCACGCUCUGGCAGCAAGGGAGGAAGGUGGGGAACUCCUGCCAGGGCGUCCCCAAGACCUGCCAGCUGCUGGAGAGAUUCCCCGAGGCCACGGGCUGCAAGAGAGGCCAGAUCAAGUUCUCGGUGAUGCAGCCGGGCACUCACGUGUGGCCUCACACCGGGCCGACCAACUGCAGGCUGAGGAUCCACCUGGGCCUGGUGGUCCCGGGUCGGGGCUGCCGGAUCCGCUGCACCGACCAGACCAGGGAGUGGGAGGAGGGCCGGGUUCUGGUGUUCGACGACUCCUUCGAGCACGAGGUCUGGCAGGAGGCCGACAGCUACCGGCUCAUCCUCAUCGUGGACGUCUGGCACCCGGAGCUGACGCCGCAGCAGCGGCAGACGCUUAGCCCCAUCUAACCGGGCCGG